AUGGUGGAACCGAGUUCACCGAUGCACCAAGACAAUCCACCUCAACGAAAUCUGCCGGUUUUCAACCGAACUAAACGAUAUGCCUCAACGUUCAGCCGCAUUGCGUUCAACAGACAACAAGAUAAUAACGAUGCUGAAUCCACCCACAAAAUUGGAGUGAACCAUCGGGGAGAUGGACGUGUCUAUUCGUCUCAGCGACAGCUAGGUGCAUUCAAAAGUAUAAGAAAGAGGAAACUUUUUGGCAAGAGAGUAUCAGAGAUUCCAUUCACAAUCAGUGAUGAUAGUGACGAUGAUGUUGAUAACAAAAGUUAUUACAACGCGUCGCAAUAUUUCUUUCAAAAUCAAAAUCUUCAUCACAGUCAUCGUCGUUAUAAGCACAACCAAUCUCAUUCGAACUGCUGCUACACUGACGCUGAGAAACGAAGAAAGGUCCUGUUGAAAUCUAUUACAUCAAUUAAUGAUGUUGAUGCAAGAAGUAAAAUUUCCAUUUGUGACAACACAUUUGACGAUAACAGAGACCAACGCUGGAUGACUCCUAGUUCCGACAGAUCGAAACUUACCAGAAGAUGUAGCAGUGUAAUGUCAUUUCGACAACUUCUGGCAAGUGCAGAUAUGACGGAUAACUGCAAUGGAAUAGAUGACUCUGGAAUGUUACUAAACAACAAUAACUACAAAAAUAGUAGUCCUAAGAGAACGAUGGAAAACUUCAAAACUCAUCAAAAUGAAGAAUUUUUUGGAAAGUUGGACAGGAUGCGAACAAAUUUAGCCAACAAUUGUUUAUCGAAAUUUGGCAAACAUUGCAUUCCAUUGAUGAAAGCACUAAAUAAAGACAACACUUACAACAAUAUAUUGGAAGCUCAUAUCGGUCCCAUAAAAAAUGACAACAAAAGACAAGCAAAUUUUGUAAAGGGCCUCCUUCUUUCGAAACAUCUCACCAACGUAACGAAGGGUCUCUACAUAUCCUGCACGCUCCAGUCAACUGGUAAAAUCUUAGUGACGUCACAUAAUUUGCUUCCAACUGUAAACGUUGAUUCAGAAAACGUGGCUGACCUGGAGUCUCAUUUUUUUUGGCUGAUGAAAGUUACAAGUGACUGGUCAUUGUUAACAAAUAUAAAACAGGCAAUGAAAAAAGAAGUACCAAGCUGCAAAAAAACUGAACAAAACAGCUUUCUUUUUAAAUACGCCAUUUUGAAAGCUGUCAACAUUUUACAAAAGAUAACCGGAAAUGAAAAGUUAGGCCAUCUCCACACCAACAUUUUAAGCGGAACGGAUUGCAACGUUUUUAUGUUUAUCAACAACGAUUUCAACGCCAAAUCGAAAUCAUCUCUGAAUUCGUCCCCAGUUCCAUCUUCCUCCUUGCCGACACUAUCGUGGAUGCCCUUGGGUAAGUUAUCAUCGUCAUCAACAGUUCCGAACAAAAAGCAAAAAAUUAGUGGAAUGUUAAACGACCUAACCAGCAAUUGCAAAAACUUUUUAAGGGAAUCAAAAAACUUGGAUGAGCAAUUGAAAAGUGGAGUAUACAUAAGCUACAUGUACCUGGCUUGUCACCUGCAACAUGGAAUGCAAAUUCUUGUUUCCAGACAAACACCUAACAACUUUCCAUCUACAAGAAUCGACGAUUAUCCCAGCAGCGGCAAUAAUACACAAACGACCGAUAGUUGUUUGAAGAUUUUAAACGGAUUACAAAGUAACAAGUUUGACGAUAUGGAAGAUAAUUUUAAAAGCAUGAUAUGUUCAAAGAUUCGUCAAUUUGAAGAUGCAACAUACGCCCAACUUCCGUUUACUCUAGAAACUUCACUAGCAUCAUCACCUUCAUCUGAAACACAAAAGACAAAGAGGGACAAGCCUGUUGAAGCUAUCUGCAAUCGCCUACAUACAUCGAUCCUACAUCUAAACGAUCAAGUUAAAAUGAUUCUACUCGCUCCUCCGCAUUCUCUUUUCUGCCCUCUCAUCACCCAAGACGCUAUUUCACCACUGCCGGAUUCUUUCUUCCUACCUAUGCGUACUUUUGAAAUGAUCCAGCUGAGAACAUACCAACCGCAAAUUUAUCAAAAGUAUUGUCAACUGUCCGUCAUCUUGGAAUUGGCAUUAGAAAUUUGCAAAAGUCGCAAGACUGCUUUGGAUGCCGGAAGCAAACAGCCAGAGGGGGAAUACAGGUCUGCAAUGCUUUCAGUAAACGCAAAGUUAUCUGAAUUAAAGAGAGAUAUAGAAGACACAUGGACAAGAUAUCGUUGGAUAGGAGAUGCUAUCAAAGAAGCACGGUUCCAAAUUAUAUUUGAUAAAAUCGUGACGGUCAAACACACAAUUACCGGACAGGAUUAUGCCCGAUCCAUUUUGAAGGCUACUACAGAUGAAAUUGCAGCUCCUAAGAAAAAACAUUUGGAUUGUUAG